AUGCGGAAACACGUAGACGAAGAUCGCGUGCCCUUCGCAAGCCGUUACGAAUCCCCUGCGCGGGGCCCUACCAUCGAGAUUGGCGGCGAUGACGAGGUGGCAUUCAAGCUUCGGCAGAGAAAGUCUGCCGCUCAAAGGAUAGCCUCGUGGCUCGGGUCAUGCCUACGCUUCCGUCGAAGAAGCCUCCGACGACAUCCGGUUGUCUUCGUCCUCUUUUGCCUGCGAUACGUCGCUGCACUCAUUGCGAUCAUCCUCGUUGCGACACCCUUCCUCUCGCCCUCCUACCUCCGACCACCGAAGCACUACAAGGAGCUCAGAUCAAGAUGCGAAGGGGCAUCAGCGCAGCCGGGCUGUGCCAACCCGUUCAAAGAGAAAGUCUUCAUCGCCGUCAGCCUGUACGAUAAUGGGGGCCAUCUGGCCGGCGGGCCGUGGGGCAAGACAGUGUUGCAGCUGAUCGACAUGAUUGGUCCCGAAAAUGCCUUCCUGAGCAUAUACGAGAAUGACAGUGGGCCGGAGGGCAUAAAGGCCUUGGAAGACUUCAAGGCGCAGGUGAAGUGCGCCCACCAGAUUGUGGCAGAUGAACAUGUCCCCCUGGACAACUUUCCGACCCUCACCAUGCCAGAUGGGUCGAAGCGUAUAAAACGCCUUGCGUAUCUGUCCGAGAUGCGCAACCGAGCGCUCAAACCCCUCGACACCUUUACUGGUGACAAGAAGGGCAUAGUCAAGUUUGACAAGAUCCUGUUCCUCAACGACGUGGCUUUCAGGCCCUCGGACGCGGCGCAGCUGCUCUUCAGUACCAACGUCGGGCCGGACGGGAGGACACAGUACCUUACUACGUGCGCGCUAGACUAUAGGAACCCCUUCCUCUUCUACGACCUCUACGCGCAGCGCGACGCCGAGGGCUUCGCCAACGGCCUGCCCAUCUUCCCUAUCUUCAGCAACGCCGGGCAGGGCAUCUCGCGCGCCGCCGUCAUGGCCCAGAAGGACGGCGUCCCCGUGUCGUCGUGCUGGGGCGGCAUGGUAGCCAUGCAGGCCGCCUACGUCCAGAACAUGGACAAGAAACUGCCCCGGCCCGACUUCCAGGCCAUCGGCAGCCACGUCCUAGACCCAGACAGGCCGCGCGAGAUCACGGCGCCCGUGCGCUUCCGCUUCGAGCCCGAGCUCUUCUUCGACGGCUGCGAGUGCUGCCUCUUCCUCGCCGACGUGUCGCAGGCGGCGCGCCGGGCCGGCGCCGCCGAGACGGGCGUCUAUGUGAACCCGUACGUGCGCGUCGCGUACGAGUACAACACGAUAAGAUGGAUGCCGCUCAUGCAGCGCUUCGAGCGCCUGCUCGCUCUCCCGCAGCGCAUCAUCACGCCCGUCCUGCGCCUGCCCACCAACAACCCGCAUCGCACGGUGAGGGAGGGCGACAAGUUCGAGGAAGAGGUGUGGGACAACUCGACCAAGGCGUGGAAGAUGGUGACGCGGACGGGCCGCAACGGGCUCUUCUGCGGCGUGCGCGAGAUGCAGCUCAUCGAGCUGCAGGAGCGGCAGGGCGAUCAGAACUGGGAGGACAACAACAUACCGCCCGGGCAGAAGUUCUACUUCCCUACCUAA